AAUGGCUGUUUUACCCUGAAGAUGGGGACAGCAGGCUCUUACGAAUUGCGCAUGCCAAUUUUGUAUACGGCGUCACAUAAGAAAAGAUUAAAAUUUCUAUUAUUUUGUCUUCCUGUCAGCUGAACAUGUGCGCCACCGUGCCCUAUAUUUAGGAAUAGUUAGAAUUAUUACUACAGAGAUUUUAGUUACCAGUAACAGGUGACCUAGUCACACUCGCAGGAAACGACUUAUUCCCAUCUUGCUGUUUUCACAGGAAGAACCCCCAUUGUCUUUCCUGGAAAUUUUGUUUGUAAGGGCGACAACGGCGAUCUUCGCCAAUACUAUAUGUGACAGCUUCUGCACCUCGUAAACUUAAAAGAGGCGUGCUGGAGACCAACGCUAAGCGCAGUAUUCAUCACCGAGCUGUCAAAAGCGCCGUUAGGGCUUUAAGGGUCCAAGUCGCAUACUGCAUUUAACUGAUUGGAGAUUAAGAAAUUGUAGCAAACUCCCAAAUUUCAAAUGUUCCCAAUCUGUAGAAUUUAGGGGAGUGUCAUACUAGAGGAAAAUAAGGACGAAGGACCUCAGAAUUUCGAGAGGAUCACUCUCUGGAGUCAGUUGUCUGUCAGCUCUUAAACUAUUCGGACGUAAAAACUGUGUCAACGCGGUUCAUCUUUACAAAGUCUAAAUGAACAUAAGAUCAAGUUACCUGUGUAAACUAUUAUACAUAACAGUUCAUUCACCUGUUUCAGGAGCCAUGGCCCUCUACAACAACUCCAUGACUGUCUACUACGAUUUCUUGUUUACGGAUCUGGCAGAUCCUCGGACAAACGACUGGUUCCUGAUCAAGAGCCCAAUGCCUGGCCUAACCAUUAUGGCCACUUACCUAUACUUUGCUCUGUCAUGGGGACCACACUACAUGAAGCAUCGCAAGCCAUACCAGCUCACAAACUUGCUCAUCAUCUACAACAUGGUCCAAGUUUUUAUCAGCAUUUUCCUCUUCUACGAGGGACUGGAUGCAGCUUGGCUUAGAGACUACAGUUGGAAGUGUGAGCCAGUGGACUUCUCCACCACGCCGGAAGCAAUGAGGGUGGCGCGAGAUGUGUACAUAUACUUCCUGGCCAAGUUAUCAGAACUACUGGACACGGUGUUCUUUGUUCUACGGAAGAAGGAGAAACAAAUCACUUUCCUGCACAUGUAUCAUCAUACUGUGAUGCCGAUGAUCUCAUGGGGAUGCACGAAGUACUACCCUGGGGGGCAUGGCACCUUCAUAGGAGUCAUAAACUCAUUUGUUCAUAUCAUCAUGUAUUUCUACUACAUGAUGUCUGCCAUGGGACCACAGUACCAGAAGUAUCUCUGGUGGAAGAAGCACAUCACGACCCUGCAGAUGGGUCAGUUCUGUGUUGCUUUCCUCCAUUCACUGCAGCUGCUUUUCCACGACUGUGGGUACCCACGAUGGUCACUUUUCUUCACUCUGCCAAAUGCCAUCUUCUUCUACUAUCUUUUCAAUGACUUCUACUGCAAGGCAUACAACAUUAAUCAUAAGAAAGAAGUGAAACAGUCGUGAUCAAUUGCAUCCUGUUUUGAGAUCGACAAGAGUCACCGUGAACUUCAAACUGACCUAACAGGACUGGUAGCAGCACCACGCCUCCCAUUAGGGCCCAAACCUAUUUUUUAUAAAAUGGAAAUUUUUAUUGAAGUUACAGUGAUUUAGACUUCCAAAUAUGAAUGUGUUUUUUUAACUCGUUCAUUUUCAUAGGAAGUCUCUUGAGUAGGACAUUUGGUGGAUACUCUAUCAGGAGAGUAGUCUUGUGCAUAACAGUCAGUGACUGCCCCAUCCUGUGCCUAUUAAAUGGUGCAACAGAGAAAAAUAUAAGCAAUAAAAAUAUUUUGCCAUUCUUCAGAAAAAGUAAGUUAAAAGAAAAUUAUUACUAGGUAUCAAAAUUUUGGUGGCUCAGUGUGUACAGUGGUGAGACAGUUGGAGUUUUAUAGGAGGCUUGAGGUUAUUAAUGGUGGUCAGCAUUAAGGGCUUGGCCUUCUGGUAUAUGACUGUAAGUUUGUUACACAGGUACUGAGGUUUUGGAUGAAACUGCCUCCUCAUUUGGAAUAGAAGAUUUCUACCUUCAGGAGAGAAGCAUCUUGUCCCACAUUUUCCAUCAUUCCUCCUGACAAACAGAACAUCUCUGUGUGGUGCAGAGUCCCCUUGAAUCCCUGUGAAUGCUCAAGAGGACAAGUCUCAUUCUGUCUCAUAGUGCUGAUUGCUCCAUUUGGUAAAUGUGUGUGCCCAACAGCACAUUCAAGACAACAGCAUUUCAAAUACACUUUCAUAAUGCAAGUUAAAUUUGGGAUGCACAUACCCAAAAAUAUGUAAGCUUACCUCUACUGUUGUGGAGACAAGAUGUGCAAAGAAUAAUCAGGUUGUACAGAAUGUGUCUCAUGACAGCAGUAAUCAGUAGUCACUUUCUUAGAAGAAAAUAAAAAAAAUCCAUUACAAAAUUUAGCGAGGAAAUUGUGAAAGGCUUAAAGGAACCAAAUGAUGCUGAAGAAAUACUUGUUAUGAAGCAGAUGAACUCUCUGUGGCCAUUUUCUUUCCCCCCCCCUUUUCUUUUUUUUUUGGGGGGUGGGGGAGGAACCCAGCAGAUUGGCAUGAAAGGAAAAGAUGGAAUGGAAAUAUUUAAUAAAGUUGGAAAAGUAACUACAGUACCUACUGUAAAGAUGUCCACACUUUCGUUUGGACUACUUGCAUUCUGUUCAUUACAGACAGAUGAUGUAAAUUGAUAAUAAAAUGGCAAAUAUAACGAAUCAAAGAUGUAAUGAAAUGCUAAAAGAAGAGACCACUCUGAAGACAUAGGCAGAGGUGGAAAACUGAAUUUAAUUCAUUGUGACUGAGGUUUAGGUACACUAGGCCUAUGAUUAUUUCUGGAAAAAUGUUCACUGCUGCCAAGCACCACAGAAUGCAAAAGUGUGUUUCUGAAGCAUGCUAAGAUACAGGCAAAAAACGAACAUAACUCUCAUCUCAGCAGUAAAGCCAAAACUAUGUACAAGUUGAGAAGAGCAGUUCUGUAAUCUGGUCCAUGGCUUAUCUGAGUGUUUCACUUAAUUGUCCUGAAUGUGGUAGCUUAAACAAGUUAGUUUUCAACAGCCACUAACCAGUUCAUAUCCUAACGCAGAUAAAUCCAUUCUACACACUUAUAAUUUAUUUCUUAAAAGAUUCAUUAAAGAAGCAUUGCAGCUUCUUUGAGCCUUGGUGACAGAUGAUGAAGGUAGCCAUGUAACAGAAGUGGCAGAGGUGCUAAUGGGUUGUCAUCUCAGAAUCCUCCCUGUAGUAGCUGGCAGUCACCUGACACAGUGGUGAAACUAUAUUUAACACUGUACGUAUGUUUAGCUGACUGGCGAAGCUCAAGAAGGAAGAAGUUAGGACAUGGUGGAGGAGCCUCAGAAUAUCUUCUUCAAAAUAUUGACUUAGGAGGUUCAAGGCCCCCAUGAUCAGCACCCUGUUGAAGAGUGAGGCUACAUCAAAGCUAACAACGAUAUCCUUGGGUCUAUCCCAGAGAGAUUCCUAGAAAUCUUAGAGCGAGGGCACUCCAAGGAAAAUGGCAACUGUGAUUUCUGAGAAAUGUCGCCGAUUUCAAGCAGGCUAAGAUCCAGGUUUAUCCAAAAAGAUAUAAACGCUUCGGUUUAAAUUGUCACAGAAGAAAGGAUGCACCCAAUGUCGUCUUUUCCUAAUAUUGUAUUUAACCAUCCUGUUGCAUUAAUAUAUCAUUUAUUUCACAUAUAUUUUGCGUCUUAAAUAAAACUUAUUUUAUAGACGCCCUUCUUCCACAUUACAUGGUUCAUCUAUAUGCGGCCAUCAUUAAGUGUCCCCUAUCUUGCUAAAACUGUUGCAGUGUAUGUCAAAAUUUUGUAUCGCAACUGUGUUAUUUCCUGAUUAAAAUAAAUUGAAUAUUUAUUAACA